UGCGCACAGGCUGCGGAAGGGGGGCGGCGCGAGCCAUGGCCGGAGACAGCGAGCAGACGCUGCAGAACCACCAGCAGCCCAACGGUGGCGAGCCCUUCCUAAUCGGCGUCAGCGGGGGCACCGCGAGCGGCAAGUCUUCCGUUUGUGCCAAGAUUGUGCAGCUCCUGGGUCAGAAUGAGGUUGACUGUCGCCAGAAGCAGGUGGUUAUCCUGAGCCAGGAUAGCUUCUACCGUGUCCUCACUCCAGAGCAGAAGGCCAAAGCCCUGAAGGGCCAGUUCAACUUUGAUCACCCGGAUGCCUUUGAUAAUGAACUCAUCUUCAAAACACUCAAAGAAAUCACAGAAGGGAAAACGGUCCAGAUUCCCGUGUACGAUUUUGUCACCCAUUCCCGGAAGGAGGAAACAGUGACUGUCUACCCUGCGGAUGUUGUGCUCUUCGAGGGGAUCUUGGCCUUCUACUCCCAGGAGGUACGAGACCUGUUCCAGAUGAAGCUCUUUGUGGAUACAGACGCGGACACCCGGCUCUCCCGCAGAGUAUUGAGGGACAUCAGCGAAAGAGGGAGGGACCUUGAGCAGAUUUUAUCUCAGUACAUUACGUUCGUCAAGCCCGCCUUUGAGGAAUUCUGCUUGCCAACAAAACAGUAUGCUGAUGUGAUUAUUCCUAGAGGUGCGGAUAACCUAGUGGCCAUCAACCUCAUUGUGCAGCACAUUCAGGACAUCCUGAAUGGCGGGCUCUCCAAACGGCAGACCAACGGCUACAUCAACGGCUACACCCCUUCACGCAAGAGGCAGGCAUCCGAGUCCAGCAGCCGGCCGCACUGACCCCUGCCUCCCUCGGCCCCCCGGCCCCAUCUCGAGACAGGAGGAGGGGACAGGAGGCACCGUUGAACUGUACAUAUCAUUUACCUAUGACAUGACCGUAUUUAAGAAAACACCAUGGAGAUGAAAUGCCUUGAUCUUUUUUUUUUUUUUUUCUUUUGUACUUUGAAACGGCAAAAUGAAACAGAAUUUGACCCUGAGCUUAAAUGACAAACUGUGCCAACUACUACUGGUGAUGCCUAAUUAUGAAUCGAACGUGUAACCAGUUAUAAAUACAUAUAUAUAUAUAUAAAAGGAUCUAUUUUUGUGUAAAUGUACAAAAUAAUGUAAAGCUGUUUGCCGUAAGUAUUUUGCAGGAGGGCCUGUUUGGGGACUGGAGAAAUGGGGAAAUGGCCUGUGGUGUUCCUGGUGGGGCUUAUGGCAUAUGGCCCCGAGCACCUGUGGAACUCUGGUGGGAUGUAAAACCCUGGAUUGCUGCCCCUGUCAAAUGCUACCACCCUCUUGGAGCUGGACCUUAACGAUAUGACAAUGAGAAAUACUCUGUCUUUUUUGAGUUGAAAUUAGGCAAGACUUCAACUCAAAAACCAAACUCAGGGAAGAGGCCCACUGAGGAGAACAAGUCCUGUGCAUUUUCUUCCUGCCCUGCCCUGUCCUGCCCCCUGGCUGCUUGGAUGGCUCAUGACUCCUCCUUUACUUGCCAUUUCUCAGUCUCUCCAAGAAGCCAGCGCUGCCUAUUCUUCCUUCCCUUCCCGGACUUUUUGAGAUUACCUCCUGAUCGAAACCCAGAAGGAGGGAAUAGAACCGAGCCUGCUGUAGUGUCUAAGAGAGCUCUGCUUCCUUCUGCCUGCCAGGAAAAUAAUGAAUCAGAUUCCUCGGGAUGUUUCCUGUCAGGCUAAAUACAUGCAGCCCCUUGGAGGCUGAGCUAUGGUUGUGGACCUCUGGUCAGCCUCCACAGGAGAGCUCUAUCUGUGCAGAGGGAGUAAUAGCUUUUAUUCACCGGAACCUGGCGAUCCGCUCACUGUGAGAUGAGGGGCAUGUGCGCCUUUGAUCAGGGGUUUUCACUCACAGCAUCACAGCCAGGGUGAUUCUCCUAUUUACAGCACUGUUGAAUGAAGACAGCGGCUGCUGGGCGUCAGGGUUAGCAGGAGAUAGCCUUUAAGUCAGAUGUAAAGAAGUUGGAGUCGUGGAUUGAAAACAUUCGGGGUAGGAGAAUCCCAGCUUCCCUGAGGGCUUCCACUUGGUGGAAACCUUCUCUGGAACAAAUGCAGAUUACUGACUGACUCUUGGUGGAGGGGUAAAGGAGGUAGGGGAAAGCUGGGCUAGCCCGAUGAAGUGUGAUUAUCAAGUCAUUAGCCUCAGUUUUUCUCCGCAGAAGAGCCAGAGCAUAUUCAUUUGAGUGUGGUCCAUCCCAGGGCUUGGUAGGCGCUGCUCUCAGUUACUCCAUUGUGGCUGCCAUUGCCUAAAACAUCCUGGGGUUUCCUCCCCCCGGAUUGCUUCCAGAGCCCAUUUGAACCACACAAGUAAAUCUGUCUCCAUCACUCUCUGAUCACACUGAAUAUUUCCCUGACUCUGCAUUGUCCCUUUUUAUUCUCCUUUUCUGGAAGCAAUUUGACUGUAAAUCUAUUUUGCUGUUUCAAGAGGUGACACCUGGCCCCUGACAGCUUUGCCAUUCAGGAGGCUGUGCUGCAGGCUCUGGAGGGAGUUCCCGAUGGCAGCAGCAGCCUGGCUGGAGUAAGGGAGGGCUCCCAAGGUGCUUGCUCAUGGGGGUGGGUAGUUCUGGGAUUCAUAUUUAAGGAUCAGUCUAUUAUCUUUGUGGUCAUUGCCUUGUAGAGUUCUGAGAUGAAGAGUAGAUAGGCCUGGGUUGGGAUCCUGAGGACACAGGGCCCACUGCCUUGAGGGGCCUGUCUGUACCCCGGGUGAAGUCUGUCUCUGUCUGCAAGAGCCUUGGCCUUUCUGUGGGUAGCAUGUUCAACUUUACUUGAAGCUCCCAGGUGCCAAACCAUUUAGUGCCUUGGCUGUCUAUCCCACUGCCUUGUAAGAUGGAUUCUUCUCAUCUCUGAGCCUGUAUUUACUUAGCUGCUUCCUCAUCUACCUAUGGUGUUGGGACCAAGCCUUCAGCAUCUCCGAGCAGGCCACUCCUAGCUUGGAAACAGCUGUAGGGCUGCCGUGCCUCAUACAACAGUCACCAAACCUUGGUGGUUUGGUGUGGGGCACUGGGCAGUACUCGCCGGGCAUCAGGCAGGGCUGUCGACAGCUUCUUCAGCUCUGUGACACACUGCAUCUGGGGCAGGGAAGAAUGGAGGCUCCACUCCAGCAUCUAGUCAACUGAGUAUCUGAACUUGAGCUUCCUGUAUGAGAAAUCCUGGCCUUCUCUGGUAUCUUAAGAAACACUGGAUUUCAGGUUCCACUGGAUUAUUAGACUAGAAACUCCAUAUCAGAUACUCUUUACCAUUCAAGGAGGGGACAGAUGACCAGGGUGGGGUACUCUUGGUCAUCUGUACAUGGGAGUCCCUUGGCUUCAGAGCCACUCAACAGUGCUUGCUUUUCCCUCCCUUCUCAGGCAUUGUCCAUGGAUCAACUGUUGAGGAAACAAGCAUCUGGGUUGUCAUGGAAGGCCUGGCCUCACACUCUUUCACCUUAGUGGAGCUUCUGUCUGACCCAGGUUUCUUAUUCUUGGUCAGCCUGAAGCCAGGAUGAGUAGAGAGAUGGGGGCCUGUGUGAGGAGGAUGCACAUGAUGGAUGGACAGGGCAGGCCCUCAAAGAGGCAAUGGUUAUAGAACGGAAUCUCAAUAGGGCAGGGGAAGGUGGCAGGGGUGCCAAAUCUGGAAAGGUCUCCAGUUCACCUUUUCUCAGAACUAACCCAGUUGCCUCUGCAGUCAGCUUCUGGUCUUCGCUGUUGAGUGAUCAUGUGAACGUUGGCAUUCUGCCUCGCCUGGGCUUGGGACUGAAUACUUGUCUCCCUGCCCUGGGUGGGUUUCCAGUGUAUCACUAGGCCACUAGGUCAGGCUGGGGCUUGUGUGUUCCACUGAGAGGUUGGGAAGCAGGAGGGACUUGAGCCUGAUUGGCUUGCCUGUUCCCUCCCUUACUGCCCUAGUACAACCUCCUGGAUUAGCAAGCUUGACCUGCAAAAUGGCCAGGGCUGUUGGAGGGCAGUAGCCUGUUUCAGGGAAGUAUUUUCCUCUGCUCGGAGUUGCCCACUUGCCUGUCAGCAAUUCCAGUACCAAGGUAUUGGGCUGGUUUUGGUGGAGAGUAGUGUAGAUUCGGAGACCCUGGGUGGCGAAAACUAUUUGUCCGCUAACUGAAAGGUUGGCAGUUGGAGUCCACCCAGAGGCAUUUUGUAAAACAGGCCUGGUGAUAGACUUCUAAAAGAUCAGCCAUUGAAAACCCUGUGGAGCACAGUUCUGCUACACAGAGCAUUGCUAGGAGCCAGAAUCGACUUGACUGCAACCAGUUUUUUUUUUCUUUUUUUUUUAAUCAUGGGCUCUGGGUUACAGAAAACUGCUUCUGGGAAGUCGUGAUGGGGUGCUCUCUACCAUCCUUGUCCUUUACGCUUUCCUCAGGCUGGAGUAGGGAAACACCCUUGGUGUCAGGCAAAAUGGGAGAUAACAGGUUGGGGUGAAUCUGGAGCUCAGAGUCCCCUUUACUCUUUGUCUCUGGGCCUUCUGCUCUCCUUGGUACCAGGGAACUGGUACUAAAGACCAGCUUUUCUCUUGCUCUUAGAGGCAGUUGGUGCCCUGCCAAUGCUGCCUCAGGAACAGGGCGAGUUGCUAAAUAAAAACUUUUUGUUCCCAUUUCAGAUGCUUGCUCCCCCCUUCCCCUUUUUUUUUUUCCACUGCUCUUGCCUUUCCUGUUAGUAGUUACAAAAAUGACCACCUAUUAUGUACUUUCCUAUAAAUAAAGACAACAAAAAAGA